CUCACUCUGUGUUUGCACGCCACACCAAUCAGGUAGCUAACAAGUGUUUUUGUAUCAUUCAAAGUUAUCGGCACCAAAAGUGUAACUAGUGGAAUCUUCCUUCAUUAGCUCCUGACUACAAGAAUGAUUGAAGGAAAAACUCUCGAGGUAUUGAAGUUGGCAGUUAUGUUAUUGGUUGUGGUCUACCCAAAUCCUGGCUGGAGUGGUCCAACCGACUGUGGGACACUUGUCCUAUAUGAAGAUGAGAAUACAACAUGUCAGCCAAGAUCUAUCUGCGCAUACUUUUUUGAUCACUUCAAAGCUUUCAACGGUCCUCAAUGCAACCAUAAUCGGACUACCUACAGAUGCUUAUGUGGCAAGGGCACUCGAUGUCCAGUUGACAAUAGCCAUCGCAUCUACAUUGGUUAUGGUAAAAGCGCAUAUACCUGUGAACAGACCUGCAAGAUCCCAUGGUGUGGCAGUGAAAACAAAAAUGCCACACUGGACUAUGGGGAAGUAGCUCCUGAUCGAUAUACCACACUUGAAUGUAGAUGUCCUAGGCAUCACAACUCUACUCUGACCCGUAACCAAACCGCGACUAAACUUGUCGGAAGCACAGUUUUGUGUGACUACCAAGCCAAUGAACGCAUCACUGACCCUUGUAAGUCUACUACCUGAGAGGUCAAAGGUCAGGCACGGCGACUUGAGUGGUGAGAAACUUGGAAACAUCAAGCAGAAAAAUUAAUCAGUCUUAAAUUUUUUUGUAAAGCUUAUUUGAUUGAUAACAACGGUUUGGGAAUUAGACCAAUAGAACCUGAGUUAUGAUAGUAUGUGUCAACUUUAUCAAAAUGUGAUUUUUAGAAAAAAAAAUAAUGUAUCUGCCACUUUUAUUCAAGAAUAUUAAUUUACUACUUAAAUUUGAAAACUAAAUUAAAUAU